GGGAUGCUCCCGCCCACGCGUCUCCUGGACACCGCUGUGGGGAGGCGGGCGCGGCCUCAUUGCCUUUCUCCUUGUCGCUACGUUUUCGCCGCUCUGACUGCCUCAGCGGGAGGUAACGGCUUGGGAACCUUCCCUAGGGCUCGGUCCCCGCGCCUCCCGCCUCCCAGGGUCUCCCCGCUGGCUGUGGGUACCUCCGUCUUCCUCGCGGCCGUCUGCUGUCCCGCACCCGUCCUCCCUGGCCUCGCAGGCGCCCCCUCCCCGCCGUGGCCCCCCACAGGUCCACGGGAGACCUUCGGACAGGGCUCUUCGGCCACAGUCACGAGGAAACUUGUCAGCAGACCCCACCGACGACAGAGCAGCGGGGAAUGGACGCGGGUUCCUAGCAUCCUCCGUGGCAGAAACCCCAGGACGGCAGUGAUUUUCUUGAAAAUGCACGCCCCGAUUUGUUUGAAAUAAAGGAUCUGGUGACUGGCUUUCCUUAAUUGGUCACUGGUAGCUCAACAAGCAUGGAGAUGAGAUUAGAAGUUUUGACAUCAACGAGUAUCAAACAGAAAAAACCCUGGCCCAGAGUGUCCUGGUUGGGUCAAGAAAAUGAAGCUGUUUUUCUUCUGGAUGAGAAAUUCAUAAAUGAGAUUAAUUUGCUGUCAGGAAGAACAAAGAAGAAGAUUCCUAGUCUGCAGCCUUUGUUGAAGGAUGUUGUUUUCCUGGCAACAUCCACUAACGAUGUGUGGCUGUCCGGGGUCCUCACUACAGGAGAGCUGUUCCUCUGGAACAGAGAUCAAGACUGUGUGAAAAAGAUACAAGUGACUGAAAGGCCUAAAGAAGCUAUAAAAGCUACAGUAGCAAGCUCUUCAAGACUAUCCUUAUAUGUAGCUGAAAAUGGGAAAAGAAUUCUGCUUAUUACAUCUUCUGGCUGCAUACUUCUGUGGGAAUACAUGGAAUUGAAGAAUAUCUUAUCUUCUAAAAGCCUUUCUUUGGUGGGUCAGUGGUCUCAGAUUGUGCCUGAAGAAGCAAUUUUAUUGCCUUCCACUAAAGAUAAAGAAGCUGUAGUGGAUGCUGUUUUUGUAAAAAAUGAGUUAUUUGGUGACCGCUGCCUGUGUUCAUUUACUUUUUAUUCUGGAGAAUGCUUGAAGCUAACAUUUCUGGCCAUUCAGUGGUAUGAGAAUAUAUUUACAUCUAUAAGGUCACUGCCUUUCCGUGUUCACUGGGCACAACAGGAAUGCCGUCUGUGCAAUCUGAUUCCUAAGUGUGCAUCAGUAAAGUCAAGAGGAGCUCUGAUCUCUGCCUUCUCAAGAGAUGGCCUUGCUCUAGCAGUAACUCUUAAUCAGAAAGACCCAACGGCAACUCAGGUAUUAUUUAUAAACACAUUGAAUUUCGUGACUCUCUGUGGUGGCCUUAAAGGAUGUAGUAAUAAGAAUCCCGUGGUCCCAGCUACACUUACCAGGUCAUAUUGGGUUGGUGACAUCAGCUGGACGCAUGACAGUCUUUUUCUGGCUUGUGUAUUAAAGCGUGGCUCCCUGGUUUUAUUGACCUGCCUGGGUGAAUUGCUAACAUUAGUUACAUUUGGUUGUUCUAUAGAGUUUGGGCCAGCUGAAUUUAUUCCUCUUCAUCCACUAAUAACAUAUAGACCACAGCGGCUUCCAUUUCAAGAUUCAAAUAAUGCUGUUGAUUCGGCAGCCUCUGAGAGUGACCCUCUGAGACAGAGGUUUUCUAUAAAAGCGCACUCACGACUACCCUACCUUCUCAUCUCUGAUGGCUACAUGGUCACAACCCUUCGGUUUCUUGAUAACCAGUCUCCAACAAUGCUCGUGAGGGCCUUGCUUCUUGAUUCAACCCAGAGGCUUGAGAAAGCCUACCAGAGCAUGAUGCUGUCUAAGCCCAAGGAGAAAGGGCUGAAUUUGCGAUCUCUGGAUUCCUUGAGGUCUAGCCUGUUAAAGCGUCAUGGAAAGGAAAGUUCAGUUCAAUGCACUGUCCCCAGAUUUUUGCAGGCAGAAGAAACAGUGAAGUUAAGUGAAACCACAGAUUUUCAGGAUUUUGAAGGAGAAGAAACUAAUGAAGUUGAACAGUUUCUAAACAGUUCAUUUUCUUUUUGUGACCAAAGAAAAGAUAUACUGUUUAAUACUGCCAAGGAAGGAAGAUUGGAGUUUGCAUCUAUGUUUGAUACAAUUCAUGCAAAGGAUGAUUCCAAGGAGACAGACAGAACCAUUGCAGAACUGCAUUGUAUCCAGAAAAAACUACUUGCAGCUUGGACUAUAGGAGUUUCAAAAAAUGUAGCAGAAAAAAAGUUAAUGUUAAAUUACACAGUACUUUGCAUCACUCACUUUUUCUAUAUUCUUCAGUUUAUAAAAUGUCCUUUGCCAAAGUUUGACCUGUUUUUAAAUAAGAGUCUGAAGCAUAACACCUGGGUACUCUGUAUCUUUCAACUUUUUCAUCAGUGUUUAUCAACCCACUAUUGGGAUAUGAGAUACAGACAAAAUGUGGGCCAUUUGCUGAAGCUCACCGCAAAUACUGUAAAGCUUCUCUUGACUCAGCAACGAAAACAUGGAUUGUUCUCAGAAAAGCUUCUAGCUUGCCUUUCUUUACUCCGAACUGUGACUGACUGUUUAAAUGGCACGUGCAGUCUGCAGCCUGAGGCUGCUCCUGCAGCAGCUGAUGGAAGUCGACCAGCAGAGCUAGACUCGUUAAUGGUACCCAUUUUUCAAUCUUCCAAGGAAAAUUGGUCUUGGGACUCAUCUUUAAAGAUUUAUCCUCAAGUGACAAAUCUAGUUCAGAAGCCAGGUCACAGAUUGAUUGCUCUUUGGAGACUAUUAUACAAGAAAACUUUAUGGUAUCAAGCACAAUUAAGCCGAAGAAUUCCUGAUGGUGACAGACAAUUAACUGAAAAUAUCACACAUGAAGUAUCUUUAGUCAAGACUCUGUUAUGUCAUGUCCAGGCUAACCUGCAGGUGGCUGGGGAUAGCUUGAGUCAAGCCUUAGAACUUACAGCUCUCAGUGGUGAAGAGUGUUUUCUGCUAGCAUCAUAUGAAAAGUCAGUUUGCCUGUGGAAGAAGGCUCUACAAGAAACCCAAGAGAAAGUAUUUUCAUUGAUUAUUUGGGAAUUUCAUAUCAUGCACCCUGGUCUGCCCUCCAACUCUUGUGACCUCCCUCCAAAAAGGAGAACGAGGAGGAGGAAGAAGAGAAAGAGGAGGAGGAAGGAGAAGAGGAGGAGAAGAGGAAGAAGGAUGCGCUUUCUUCAGUUACGCUACUAUCUCUCUCUCUUGUACUGUCACCUCUACUGUUACAAUUUAAACGAUGCCCAAGGAUUAUGUGAUCACCUAGUAAGAGAGAUACUCAGCUAUUCCCAAUUACCUGUACAAGAAAGGAGAGAUUACUCAGAUCCUGAGGUUGCGGUGACUAGAAAUGUACAUCCUGAGGCAGCAGUCAGAGUUGUCCAGUGUAUGGCCCGUUUCAUGGCUGCCUACUUCACCAAUGAGCCACUCUUCAUCCUGCCACCUCACAGUGUGAAUGUCCUUCCUCCGCUUCAUGUUAAGACAGAGCAUUCCGUGCGACUUAUUCCUCUACAACACUCUAAGGUGGCCAGUAUUGUUCGAGAUCAGAAUCUCUCAAAUGUGUGGACAGUUGAAUAUACCCUUGAAUUAUUAUUUAUUGGUGGCCUGAUUCCAGAGGCUGUGUGGAUGGCACAUAAACUUGGAGACUGGAAGACAUCUGUUUCCAUUGGUGUGGCCUUCCAAGCGUUCUGUAAACGUGAUUGCAAUUCUAUGUGGUCCAAGAAAAAGGGCAUGGACCUACCUUUAAAUAUGAUACCAGCCCAGAUUUUCCAGGAAAAACUGCAGUGUUUUUUAGGUCAGCCAGUCUCUUUGGCAGCAAAAAAUGAAAAGGGCUCAAAAUAUAAGCAAUUUACAGAUCCCAUUGAAGAAGAAGAUGCCAAUCUGCUGUUUGGGUCUGUGCAAGAGGUGCUGAAAGCUUCAGCCAUGGCUGAUGCUGAUAUUGUUUCAGAAACACUACAGCUGUUGAUGGACUCCGCUAAGGACUUCAGUAAAAAGCUGUGGGGCUUAGUGCCCGUCGACUUGUAUCUUCCAGCGCCUCCGUUGUAUUGCCCCCAGCCUGCCCUUCUUAGUGAGGAACAUGGUGACAAUCUUCUUUUAAAAGCUGAAAAAGAUAACCGCCAGAAGCUGUCUGGGAUCCUGCAGCGCGUUCUCCUGCUUUUCCGGGCAUCUCGGUGUUCUUUUCCUGUCGCACAGUGGUACAUCUUACAGCUGAGGUGGGCAAGAAAGGUCAUGCAGAAGAUUCGAGUGAAAGGGUCCCUCCCUUCUCUUAGUUCUUUCCCUGAAUCCUUACUUAAUUACUGUAAAGGAGGGAUAGCAUUCUUUAGACCUGGAGCAGCCGGAGACCAUAAGCUUGAUGAAGUUUCCAUCAAAGCCCUAGGUUGCUUCAGAGAACUUUGUGCUUUGUGCUGGAUGUUGCAUAUCCGGGAUAAAUUAUCAUACACUUGCAGGCAGUAUCAGAAAGCAAGAGAAAAUACGAAGAUAGAAAAGGACCUUGAGGUGGAGUUUGAUUCUUGUGUGGUUGAGCACUGUUUUCAUGCACUGGAAUGGGCCUGUAGGAUGCUACCAUUCUCUCGGUUUUUUAAUAUGGAAGAACUUAUUCAGGAUAUAAUUUUGAGCCUUAUUGGAGAACUGCCACCAAUCAGAAAGGUAGCAGAAAUUUUUGUGAAAGCAUUUCCCAAUCCUGAGGCCAUAAGGGUUCCUUUAAGAGAAAAAUACCACUCACUUCAACAGAAACUCAAACAUGGUGUUGUGAAAGGUCCCCAGACUGAGGAACUGAUGUCUGUGGUCAUGAGGUCUGCCCAUAAAGUGAGGGUGAAAGCCCUAAAACGUGUGCAGAGGAACAUAGGCGCUUUUGAGAUGAAUAUAUGGGAGCCGGAUGAAGAAGAAAAACCAGCUGCUGCUCCUGCCACCGCUGACACGUUUUCCCUGGGAACCAGUUUGAGCAGAAGUACACUCACCUUAGAACUGGGCAGUUCUCUGCUACACAGUGAUGCAGAUACCUUCUCUGAAACCUUGUCUUUUGAAGAGAAAACUUGGAUACACUUGUAUCAAAGGCAUGCCCCAAGUCAUAUGGAUUUAGCAUUGGUUGGUAAGCCCAGUGAUAAAAAGAAAAUAAGUAAUCAGAAAGAGAACCCCCAAAGGAAAGAAGAUCAUGAAACUUCAGGGAAAGAAGCACUUCCUGUAAUUGGUGUUUGGGAAUUUGAGCGUGACGAUGAUGAAUAUAUGAACUUCCUUGAGCUCUUCUUGAGCUAUGUUCUUGAAAGAGACCUUUGUUCCCGUGAUCCUGGCAUUCCAUUUUUGACAAGCUUUUCUGAGCAUCUUAGAGAACACGAACUUAAUUCUCUACUUUUUGAUGUACAUACAACAUUAAAACGACGCCAGAGCAAAGCCAGCAGUGACAGUGUGUAUAGAGCUGGUUCCUGCUUUGCUGUCACUCCUGAGUCACAGGAAUCUGAAAACCUGUUUUCUCUAAACAAUGCAGGAGCCAGAAAUUUAGAAAGCCAGGCCCUUUCAGCUUUAGAAGUAGGUAGCCAGUCAGGGAGCACUGCAGAGAACCCUCUACCUGAAGUCAUGAACCAUGAAAGAAAGGUGGGAUUGUUUGGUUUAAAACAAAAGCCAAUUUAUAGAGCUCCAGAUGACAAACGGGAGAAACCCACAGUUCAGAGGUCAUCAGGCCACCCCUUUUGGAUUCCCAAGUUCUUUAAAACUGGAAGACACAGUUUCCGAGUGCUUCAGUGCAGUGCUGGCCACCCUCGGGAGGACCUUCCUCUGGUACUUCAGAACUUGUUUGGUGAUGCAGGGAGACUGGUAGAGUGGAUGAUCCGGUGGUCAGAUCGGAGACUCCUCUGUGAUUCUGAGGUCACUCGGUCGUCCUGUAAAUACAGUCCAGUAAUUCGUGUGAAGACCUCUACAGCUGCCAUUCUUACCUCAUUGUGGCUUCUGGAGCAACCCUACUUGGCUGCAUAUUCGGCAACCAAUGGCAUUAUUAAGGUUCUAGAGAAUCAUUGCACCAAGUCUCAAGUGACAGCUGAGAGGGAGAGCAACACUGAUGGAAAUGCUGACUCUCCAAUUCCAGUAGCAGCUCAGACUGGAGCUGAGGAGAGGAGUGACCAGGAUGAAUGCUGUCAAGGCAUCUGGAACAGAAUGCCAGCUGAAGCAGAAAACCGUGAAGUGAAAUCAACUGACGAUGAGAUUCUUCCUGUAACUCAUAGGACUGAGAAAGAAUGUGUAGACGCUGACGAGCGUCAUUCAGAAGGAGAGUCAUUUACACAGGAUGAAAUGGAUGUGCACAUCUUAGACCCCGAAGAAGGAUCUGUUGGGAGCCCCAGAGUCCCUGAUGCUGUCACCCGCUGGCCAGUGUCCCAGCUCUCAGAGCAUUCCACAGAAGAGGCUCAGUGUUCCAGGAAAGAACCAUUGGAGACCAGCGUGGAUACAAAAUUGACAGAACAGAAAGGUACGAGCGAAGCCUUGCCAAAAUCCGAACAUAGCAUUCCUCACUCACUUUGCAUAGAUGCAAAUUCAGAAACUUCUAGUGCACAGAUUUCUGAACUUAAAGAUAAACCAUCCACAGUUCCACCCCUCAUGUCAAACGGAGCCCAGGUUACUUCACAAACAUCUCAGAAGACUCAGGGAAAUGACCACAGGGUUCAGUUACCAGAUUCUUCUGAUUCUGUUAGGCAGAUGCUCCAAGAUGAAAUGUUUAAAUUAGUUCAGCUGCAGCAGAUCAAUUUUCUGAGCCUGAUGCAAAUAGUAGGACCAUCUGUUGCUAAUCUCCCAGACACGCAGCGACUUGUUCAGCAGGCUCAGUCUGUGCAUUUCGGGGAAAGCCAAGUAGCAAACCCCACAAGGAGUGAUUGUAUUGAAGUCAACAGCGGACAGAAACUUCUUGCUAAACCACAAUCCAUGGGAGAGUGCACUAGGCAUCCUGGCAAGAGCAGCCCACCAGGCCAUGAAAGAAUUAGCCAACCUGAUCAAGAUAGUAAUGGAGAGACACAGGAUAUUGCACAUGAGAGUACUCCCUUGGGUCGAUCAGAUGGCCAGCCUAAGCCGAGAUGGCGAACUGGAGCAUCUCGAAGCUGCGCUCCUGCUUGCCUUCCCCACGUUCCUGGUGGAGAGGGUGGCCUCCAGCUCUUGUUCACAGCUGCUGCUGUGCAGAAGACGCCUCAGCUGAUUCCACCCGCCAGAGCCGCCACUGCUGGGAGUGCUUUCCCUUUGCUUCAUUUUCAGCCCAAGCAUGAAUUCAAGCCCCUGCCCUUACCUGUAGGAAGAAUUCCAGGAGCUCCUUUCAGGCCCCAGGCCCAACCAAAAGAGGCUUGGGGCCUGUCUGACUCUUGUCAAUCUCCCGUGUCUCAGAGAAUGGUGCAUACCAUGCCACCAUCUCCUUCAGGUUCAAGCCAGUACUAUAAUGCUCAGGCCAUGAGAAAAGCCGAGGCUGUGCUCCCAGGCAUCCCCAAGCAUGAGAACUUGGAUCAGUGCACUGGGCAAGAGUCCGUGACACCGCAGCAGGAUUCCUCAGUGUUUAUAAAGCCAGGAAGUGUAUUCGAUGUUACACCAAGGCCCCCUGAGACGGCUCUUCAGAAUUCUUUUGGACUUCCUUUAUUACACCUUCAGUUUAAGCCUUCUUAUGUAUUCUCCAUGCCAUCGAGAGCGGCAUUAGGUAGCUUUCCCUCAGUACCUGGCACAGAAGGAACAAAACAUCCUCAACUAUCAUUACUUCAUCCAUGCUUGCCGCCAGAGAAUACGGUAUUUUGUAUACCUGCCAGAAUCUGCAUCCUCUUAUACCUGUUUUUUUCCUCCACAAAGAAGAUACAAUAUAAGAAGCCCCAGCUUAUCCCACUUGAAAACCUCCUGGCAUUUAAAAGAAGCCAACAAAAACUAGCACACAAUGUAUUUGAACAAGGCGAUUCUGCCCAUCUUCAGUUUCUAAAGGUCAAUAUGGAAGCACCUAAAAUAACACAAGGAAAGAAGAGGCAAAGCAGACGAGCUGAAAGGGAGCUGCAAGAAAGAAGGGCUCAGAAGCCCAGAAGAAAGCCAAGUGUUAGUUUCCGACCAGAUGAUUCCCUCAUUAGUAAUGAGUCAGAAGUCCCCAUGGAACCCAAGGAACAACUAGGACAUCAUGAUUCUCAGCCUUUGGAUAAAUUUGACAUUCCUUUUGAAAUGUUAGAACACGAUGUUAAUACUUCAGCUGGACUGCAUUUCAUGGCCUCUGUACAAAAGAAAGCUGUGGGACGUCAUGAUGCUAGUACAAACACAGACCCAGCACAAGAUAAAGAAGGCACUUCCCAAGAAGUUGAUUCUGAAAGUAAUAAAACUCAGCAAGUCGUUUCUACAAAUUCAGGCCAUGAACCUUUGAAUGUUCCACAGCUUUUAAUUCCAGACAUAUAUCUAAAUGCCAGACUUCCCACCGGAAUAUCAGAGAAACCUUUGUCUCCAUCCCCACCUCAUAUGGCUAGACACACAUAUAUAGAUGUGAUUGACAUUGAAGCUGAUGACCUGUUGGGAUUGCCUGCCAGUGAAGAGCCUUCAGAUGAUGUUGCCAAGCAGCAAAGCCAUCCUCCAGAAGCCCCAUCGUCUGCAGAGUUACACUGCAUGGCAGCUUCAGUUGUCAGUACUGCUCCCCCUCAUCCUUCUCAGAGUCAAGAAUCUGCAGGUUCUACUCUGGGUUUAAUUUCUGAACCUGCAAAAAUGACUCAAUCCUGUCAGGAUGGGGAAAGCUGGAGAAAAAGUGUUAUGGAAGCAAAGGAGCCGGAGAUUCUCUCCGUGAUGCCAUCCGACCGGCAACAGGGUGGAGAACAAAACUUCCAGUUCAAGGAACAGAGCACAAAAUUGGAUUCUGCGGAACAGUCCCUGCUUUGGACCCUGCUACAGGAUGCCUCUCCUGCGUGUCCCACUCCAAGCCCUGCUGCGUGUCCCCCUCCAAGCCCUGUUACGUGUGUUCCCCCAAGCCCUGCUGCAUGUGUCCCUUCAAGCCCUGCUGCGUGUGUCCCUUCAAACCCUGCUGUGUGUCCCACACCAAGUCCCUCUGCUCAGAAGCUUGAACAUCUUACUGCCAAGCUUCAGAAGAUGGAUGAGCAGCUGUUAACAGUGCAGACCAUUGCAGAAAAUAUAGAGCAAGACUUCCCUGCACCAGAAGUGCUGAAUCUACACUGGGAAAAGGCUGGACUGGUGGAUCACGUUGGAUUAUCUUCUCGCCCUGAAAUUGAAAAGCUACUAGCUUCAAAAGCCAUCAGCAUUUCUGAAGUGUCUUUUCAGACUCCAGAGGAUGUGGAAGAUCAAAACAACACAGAGGAGGCCUCAGAGGCAGAGUCUUCAGUAACAGAAGAUCAUUCCAGCCAGAAAGCCUACACAUGCCCUUCUGCAGGGUCUGCUGCCUGCUCCUCUGUGGGUUGGAACAUUACUUCUCCUGGUGUGAAUAACAGCAAGGAAUUAUUCAAAAGUGUUUCAGAAGAUCAACUCCAGGUGACUGGCUUGACAGAUAUUGCUGACAUCAUUGAUGACCUCAUAACUAAGAGGGGAGUGUCCAGCCAUGAGCUUGGCUUAACAGAGUAUCAAGCUAGAAAUAUAUCCAGGAUUCAGCAUCCUUCUGGUCGACGCCCCCAGAGAACUGACGAGGAGAGAAGAGAGAUUAAAGUCUGGAUGAAAAGAAAGCGGAAGGAGCGGAUGGCCGAGUACUUAGAUCAGCUGGCAGAGAAGAGGGGGCGUGAGCACGACCCUUUCUGCUCCAGAAGCAGCCCAUUUUAUAUGACUUCAAGGCAGAUCAGGCAAAGACAGAAGAUGAAGCAUGAGAAAGAUAGGUUGCAGCUGUCUAACCACUAUAGUCAGCGGAUCUCACAAGCAUACAGUCUGAUGAAUGAACUGCUGUCUGACUCAGUACAGAUAACCAAACCUGCAGAUAAACCCUUAGGUCGCAGACGGCAACAGUGCUCCUCUCCAAAGAGAGAGAAUGCACAGGGGCAGAACUUAUCUUCGAAUAGACCUGCAGGAGGCAGACAUAUUUCCGGAUCAAGGCAUCUCCGUAAGGGGGAACCCUUGGGGCGGCCCCACGGCUCAUCUCAGCUACGAGGUUCUAAUCCUCCAUAUCGGAGCCAGCAGCCUAUGAGAAGCCAUGGGGCUGUUGGGGUGGUUCCUCUGGUUCAGCAGGCAUGCAUAGAGGAUGAGAGAGAAGACAUGGUGGUGAGUCCCUGGACUCUGCCCUCCGAAAUCCACAAGAUUCUUCAUGACAGGUCCGGGUCCCUCCUACAGGACAUGUCAGCAGCUGACGAGGAAGAGCCUGAGCACUCUUUGGCGGGUGGCAUGGACAGCGUGUCUGAGAGCACGGGCAGCAUCCUCAGCAAGCUUGACUGGAAAGCCAUCGAAGACAUGGUGGCCAGCGUGGAGGAAAAAAACCUGUCUGUCCACUGGGCCUUGGACCAAUAGGACCUGCAUAGCGUUCUCUUUCCAGGCACUGAUGUGGUCCUGGUAGUUUUGUGGUCUAAGGCUGUGAAACACUGAAAGAAAUGAGAAUUUACAUCCUGCAGCCAUAAGCUGCUCUGGGUUAACCAUUCCAAGACGGAAAAUAAACACGUGUCAGUCACAUUGCUUUUAUGAGGAAAGGUUGUUUGCAUGUGAUUCAUCUUAAAUACAUGUCAAGCCAGGCUUUCACAAUAUUUAAAUGACUUCUAAUAAAAAAUUGUACCUGCUA